UGGUCAAGUGACCUACAUAUUGAAAAACUAAUAUAAAAAGAAAAAUAUUAAAACUAUGAGAGAAUAAUCUCCCCCUAAACGAAACUCUUUUAAUGACUACAUUGUGAAUGAUUUUCUGUGUUCUCUAGUUGUGAGAAGGAGGUCUUCAAUUUAUAGAUGUCCAAAACUUUUCCACCAAAAAAAGGGUUACUCAAAUAUGGAAGAUUUAUUUUUCCUUUUGGAAAAAGUAAAAUCAAUUAUGAUAAACUCUUUAUCAUUCCUUCAAGAAAAGGUAAAAUCCAAAUAUGGUAAGAAAAUCAGGGCAAUACCCUAACAGACAAGACGUUGACCCAGUCGAAAACUCCAAGACGAAACGACUAUAUUAUUUUCACACACAUAUUAUAAACUCAACAAAAGAAAAAAAAUUCAAUCCUCCAUAGAAAAUGGAAACUCAAGUAAGCUCAAGAAUGAAGAAAUUUCUUCUAGUUAUAAAUUGUAUAAUUCUAGCAAUAGGAAAUUGUGGUGGCCCUUUGAUCACACGCCUUUACUUCAUCAAAGGAGGCAAAAGAAUAUGGCUAUCAAGCGGGCUAGAAACAGCUGGUUGGCCAAUUAUUUUCAUCCCUUUAGCCAUCUCCUAUUUCAACUGUUGCAAAUCCCAAGACAAAAUGUUAGCAACAGACGACAAUAACAAUAAUAUAAAGAUUGUUCUAAUGACUCCUAGGAUUCUUAUAGCUUUGAUCCGGAUCGGAGUCCUAACCAGAUUCGACAAUUAUCUUUAUGCUUACGGCGUGACUAAAUUACCUGUCUCCACGUCAGCACUUCUUAUCGCUUCUCAACUUGCCUUCACCGCGGGCUUUGCCUUCCUCUUUGUGAAGCAAAAGUUUACGGUCUACUCCAUCAACUCCAUUUUUCUAUUGACACUUGGCGCGGUGGUAUUGACCCUCCACGCGAACGGUGACAGGCCGAAAGGGGAAGCAAAGAGGGAGUAUGCUCUAGGGUUUAUCUUGACACUUGGAGCUGCAGCUUUGUAUGCGCUUAUUUUACCUUUGUUUGAGUUGUUGUACAAAAAGGCAAAGCAAAGUAUCACUUACACACUUGUAUUGGAGACUCGGGCCGUGUAUUGCCUUUUUGCUUUGUUUGUUAGCCAAUUGGAUGAUAAUAAAAUGUAUGACUCCAUGCCCUUAAAGAAGAAGAAGGGUUGGGAUUUAGAUCAAUCCAGGAUAUAUGUAGCUCUUUUUCAGCAAAGUUGUGGUGGAACUUCAGAUCCAAGCAGUCACUACUUGGAGAUUUACUGA